UCUAGCUAAACCAAAUUGAAAUAUUAGUUUUAUAUUUAUUUUAUACAUUUCAAAAAUUGUAUAUACAAUGGAUGUACUUUGUAAAUUUUUGAGUAGCGACUUGUCUUGUUUGCUGAAAAACAUUUUCAGUAGUAUAGGCUUUGGAUCUUCCACUUCUGAUAGAGAUGAAGAUUUCGCCAUUAAGAACGUGCAGAUGAAUGUUGAAGAUAGGAGACAUACUAAUAAAUCCCGCUUAGUGACACGUCCUAGUUAUACAAUAAGGCACCAUUAUCCAGGUCCUUUAAUCACCUACGAUGGUGAGGAGCGAUGUGAGCCGCGUCUUAUUCGCUUUUCAGACUUGAGCUGCAGCAAAGUGGAAGAAAUUUUGAGGGAUUGUAAGGAUGAGGACGAUGACAACGAGGAAUGUAUUGAAUUAUGUGAAGAAGAUCAUGAUCCAAAUGAAAAUUGUGGGGAGCAGUAUAAACCGUGCUCUGAGGUAAUAAAUGCAUGUAAGAAAGAACCAAGUCCCUGUGAAUUUAUAUGCCAGAAAGAGUCGCAGAGUUUUCCAGAGAAUCAGGAAAAAGGUUGUCAAACAAGUCAAUCCAUAGAAGACUGCUGCCUUAAAGAAAAUUCAGAGGAUAGGAUCACAGAGAAAUCCAAUGCUGAGCUUAUGUAUCUUGUAAGGAAUCUCUUUCCCAAAAGAAUUUGUAGGUUAAAUGCGGGAAAAGAGGAAUCCAGCGAGACAAGUCUUGAAGGAAAUUCACCAAAAGAAGAGGAGGUCAGAGACAAUGAAGAUCGUGCUAGAGCUAUAUACGAAAACCAAAUUGGUCCAUUUGGUACGUCCUGGGAAUCUUUAAAGCCAGCGGAAAAGCUGCGCUUUCAGUGGAAAGCUUUCACAGGAGAUGAGCUGAAGGAAUGUCCUUAUGACAACUUUCGAGACACUUUCAACCGGAAUUUUCGCAAAACUAAUCCAUGGGCCACAGGUCGCACGGUGAAAACUGAGAGGAGGACCGCCUGGAGCAACCUGGAGCGCUGCCAGCGGAUGCCCUUCAUACUGCAGUCUCUACUGUACCAAGUGACCAUCGGAGCCAUCGAUCCCGAAGAUCACUGUGCUGUUCGUGAACUUUUUCACAAGUUGAGAUGAAGGGAAAAGAAGCAUUUUCCAUUUCCAUUUCGAUUUAUACGAACCAGAUGUUGUGUGGCCAAUCUAUUUUGGUGCUGAGCCUCGAAAUUUGCAGCUCUUUUUUUCCCCUUUUCGGAUCCCUCAACUUCUGCUCUUGAACCAGAU